GCUGGGGAAGGUGCGGGGCGGGGGCUGCGCUGGGGCAGGCGGAGCCGGGCAGGGCGGUCCCUCCCUCCCUUCCCCGCGGCCCGGCUUCUCCCCUGGGCUGCCGGACCGCGGAGCCGGCCCGCGCUGAGCUGCCGAGUGACUUUACUGCUUCCCUUCCUGGUGCCGCGGGAUCCUGGAGGCGCGGGGCGGGCCGGCCUGGCAGCGGCGUCUUUUCUACGCCCAUCCACACUGCCCGGCCCCCGGGGCACCCACUGCCCCAGCCCCACACAGUCGCCGGCGUCGUGACUCUCCCCAGCCCUUCCCCCCCCCCAUGUGCUCGCCUCCCUGCGCACAGAGGGGGACCCGGGGCUGGCGCUGCAGCCUCCUGCUGGGCAGGAGUGACGGGCCCCCUUCCCCGCACCCUGGCCGAGGAGAGCACCUGCUCGGAUGCGUAGUUUGCAGACUAGAAAGGUCUGAGGAGUUGCCUGCCACUGAAAAUGUUGCCUGUAGGAAAUUAGAUCCCAGGUAACUCGGAGCUGUCUGUUAGAAGCCUGAGUGAAGCCAAACACAGCUGGGUUUCCCUCACUCUGAAAGUCAGGAAAUGAAAUUGGCUAAAAACAGAAUGAAGUUGACCAGCCUGCUUUCAUCUCCCAAGGGUUAAUGGCAACCUUCCUUCUCUAUGGCCUGCAGACGCUGUCUUCAUUGCGGAGUGAGGAGAAACUGGGGCCGGAUCCAUACAACAGUGGAGGAGGCUGCCACCUGGUGAUGAAACAGACUGACCACCAUCUUCCCCGCUGCCCAGAAAAUAUGGCCGAAUGAAGACUAAGGAUGUGCUAUGGAGCCUGGGUUCAACUGCUCUGACCUGUGUGACAGCUACUCCAGUUGGAACAGCCAGGCGCGGAGGCAGAGGACCCUGCAGGAUCUCUGCACGAUAACGAUUACGGCCUACGACAGCAGCAGUAAGACCUUCCCCUCCUCCUCGGCUGCCCUCCUGGGAGUUGUGUGGACCUUCCUCACCAGUGGAGUCCUGUUGGCUCUUUUCUUUCUUGUCUUCACAAUUCACUUCAGGAAGAACAGAAUUGUGAAGAUGUCCAGCCCCAAUCUGAACAUUGUGACCCUGCUGGGCAGUGGCUUGACUUACGCUAGCGCUUACCUCUUUGGGAUUCCGGAGCAAAGUUUGUUUUCUGGAGCCUCAAUGGAAAUGCUCAUUCAGGUGAGACUCUCCUUGCUGUGUGUUGGGAGCUCCCUGGUCUUCGGGCCUAUCCUAGGCAAAAGCUGGCGGUUGUACAAAGUGUUCACACAGCGCGGUCCAGAAAAGAGGGUGAUUAUCAAAGACCUCCAGCUGCUGGUGAUGGUGGUGGUGCUGGUGCUGGCAGAUGCCAUGCUUCUCACAACAUGGAUUUUCUCUGAUCCAGUUCAGUGUUUCCGAAGCUUCAGUGCAUCCCUGAGGGUGACUGACAAGGGCAUGACCUGUUCGGUGGGUAGGAUGCAGUUCUGCGCGUCUCUCUACUCUGAACUUUGGCUCAUUCUCAUUUUAGGGUUUAAGAGCAUCCUGUUGAUAUAUGGGACGUACCUGGCUGGUCUGACAGAUAAUGUCAGCGCUCCACCAGUGAAUCAGUCCUUGAUCCUCAUUGUUGGGGUCAACCUCAUUUUCCUUGCUGCUGGCACAGUUUUUUUAGUUAACUGGUUUUUCUACACUUGGCACAACCUGGUCUUUGGUUUUACAUCUGGAGGCAUCUUCAUCUGUACAACCACAAUCAAUUGCUUCAUCUUUGUUCCACAGCUCAGGCAGUGGAAAGCCUUUGAGGAAGAACAGAACCAAACCAUUAGCCACAUGGCAAAAUAUUUUUCCAGCCCCAGCAAGAGCUUCCACUCCAUGUACAGUGAAGAGCAGAUCUGCCAGCUGAUAGGGGAGAAGAACUCCAUGCAACGGCUGCUUACUGAGAAAAAUGCUGUGAUUGAAAGCCUCCAAGAGCAAGUGAACAAUGCUAAGGAGAAGCUGAUGAGGCUGAUGUCUGCAGAGUGCAGCUAUGAUUCAGUGGGCCUCGCUGUUCCUUCCACAUCCUUCUCCAUCUUGGCUCAGAACACAGGUAGCCAUGUUGAAUCCAGUGGCUGUGCCAUGGAAGCUGAAGGGCUGCAUGGAGACAAUUUCCCCCCUGGUCAAGAGCAGAACCCUUGGCACUGUCCCAGUCUCCCAGAUACACAGUGCAGUCCAGUGUCUGUUGGCAAACAAGUUUGUGAUGGUAUCAUCCAGAACCAUGAACAUAUAAAGCACCAAAACACUUCACCAGAAGAUCGUAGUUGCUAUGAGGCACUGUUUUGUAACCCUAUGGACAUCUCCGAAUACAGCUCUAAGGAGGUCCAAGAGCAAUGGAGGCCUCCAAACAACAAGAAAUGUAUUGACAAUCCACCAAUACCAUUGACCCAGAAUCUCUUAGCAGUUGAUGGGAGAGCAGAGCAACCAGACAGCUCAGCAGCAACCAAAGAGCAGCCCUCAAAGGUCAGUGAAAAGUUGCAGGAAAUCUUGCAAGAGCUGAGCAUUGGCGGCAUAGUUAGUGCCCAGGCGUCACCCAGGGGGCCUAGGCAACCCAGCCACAAUGCAGAACAUGAAAAGAGUGCAGCCUGGAGACCCUGGGAGAGUUACACAGGCAUCUGCACUUACCUUAGUCCUUACAGGACAAGACGGCGAAGAAGAAGAAUCCCAGUCCAUCCACCUUCCACCUACUUUCCUGCGUCCAUGACCCCACAAGCGUGGUGUCUCACGAACAAGCCAGUCAGCAGGACACAGAGCGGACAGAGCACUUGGAGCUGUGACGGAUUAACUCAAACAUCUCUGGAUAAAGCAGGUGACACCAGUGAUGGAAGGUUCCUCUAUCAGCCAUCACCCUCCUCAUCAGUCAUCGACAAAAUGUCCAGCUUCCAGCUGAAGCAUAGGAAGAACUGGUCUGAAGAACAAAGCCGUGAAGGGAAUGGCCAAGUUUCAAACAAACACCAAGGCUCUGCCCAAGUGAAGAACUACAAUGCUCUGCUGUAUCCCCCGAGUCUCCUCAGCCUCCAGCAGCAGCAGGGGAAUGCUGGGAGGGACCUGGAACAACCCCUUGUGCCUUCCCUGUGCCUUUAUCCAGACUCUGACUCCAGUAGCAGCUCGGAGGAGACGUUCAGCUGCUGCCACAGGCCUCACUGUGAAAUCUGCUUCCACAGCCCUGGUGACUCCAGUGACAGCUGCACCACUGACACAGACCCAGAGCCUGGCGGGUCCCUAGCCCACUGGACAAAGCUUUAUGGCAGGCCUCAGCCCAUCGUGAACUUCAAAGAUGAUCUGAAACCCACGUUGGUGUAAAUGUAAAUGAAGACAUCCUAUUCCAGAGGCAUUCCCCCAGACAAGUUGCGUUUUAAACAGUAUGGAAUGAACGCACCAUCUGAGGGAAGUGGGUUGCUCAGAGAAUUGGGAAUGGGAUAUAAAGGCCCAGAUUUACAAAGCUGCUUAAGUGCCUAAUUCCCAGUGAAAUUAAUGGGAGUUAGGUGCCCAAAUACCUUUGUGAAUCUGGGCCAAAGCCUUUACCUGUCUAGGAUGCUAAUUCAGAUCCAGUCUAGGUCAGGUGUGACUGACAAUCACAACCAUCAGAUAGCUGGUUAGUGGUAUUAUUGAAAUGAGGUAGCGGUUUUAAUCCAGUUGCUAUGGACAGGUGCCCACAUCACAUACAAACUCAUCACACUAAUUGGCCUUCUUGUCAGCACUCUGAGUAGGGAGGUCAAGGAUUGAAUUGACCAGGCUGACUGUACCACCCUCGCAUCUUAGAGGGCUCCUUCUGGGUCGAAGGUGAUUUGCACAGAUGGGGAGCAGUGUAUGGGGAAGACUUGAAUAGCUUUGACCCAUGCUCUUCCUGCUCUGUACAGCACACAGCUAAACAGAGACCUUCAGUCCCCCGGAGCUGUCAGUGUGGAACCUUUCACCAACAUUGCAUUCAAUUAAAAUUUGUAAAAAAGAAAUUUGGAAUUAUUUUCACCUUGGCAUUCAGCCUUAAUGAGCUAGUCUCUCAACACAGCAAGAAUCUGGGGGUGGCAGAAAACACUAGACUUCCUAUUUUUGUUUUGUGGUCUCUGAGCAAGCUAAUGAAAUCCAAGGCUGACUUCUCCAGACCUGACUUUGAAUUUCACUCAGUUUAAAUAUACAGCAGCAGGUAGAUACUGAGCAGAGUUGAAGGGGGAAAGCAGAAAAAGCUUGACAGCACUGCAGAUGAUUUUUUAAAAUUGGGUUUGUGCCCUUUUGUGCUUCUUUAUGGUGGACACAAUAGGUGAGAAAGGUUUGAAGUUUCUUAGUAUUUUCUGCUCAUGUCUACCUUAGAUAUAGCAGGAAUAUCAAACCUGGUAUCCCUGCUUUUGCUGGAAGAUCUCUUGAGGGAGACAACCUCAGAUAAUUAUUGAGAUCUGACGCAUCUUUACAUAGGAGGAGAGGGAUGCUGACAUUUUGGUUGAAUGGAGGUCUGUGUUAGACAGGCAUUAACAAAAAUGAAACAGUUUUAAACAAUGUAAGUAAAAAUCCCCUUUCAAUUACUCUCUGGCAAUGUCAGAAUUCUACUAGUGCUCUAGCCCAGGGGUUCUCAACCUUUUUCUUUCUGAGGCCCCCCAGGAUACUAUAAAAACUCCAUGGCCCACGUGUGCCACAAUAACUGGUUUUCUGAGUAUAAAAGCCAGG